UGGUUCGGGCUGUUUCUUCGCCAACUUGUGUGUUUGUCCUUUUGUCGUCACCGGAAGCCUCCGUUUUAAAUCAUCGAGUCAAAGGUCGUCAAAGAGAAGAAGAUCAAAUACAGCCACUUCACUCGGAUCGUAGGCUUCUUCCUUUCUCUUCGACUCCAUUAUCCUUUCUACUUCAAGGAUAAGUUUCUGAAGUUAAAGACACGAACUUGACUGUUUUGUCGGUUUAGAAUCUGUGUGAAUUCCUCCUCUCAUGGAGAUUAGAUCUGAGCUCCGAAAACUUUCCCGAAGUGGAAAGCCGACAUGGGCUGUUCUGGUUGCGAUUCUGGCUCUUACUCAUAUCUUGCUGCUACUUUCAUACGGAAGAUAUCUGUUGCCUGAUGGCAGAAGACUCAAACUGCCCAACGAGCACAAUGCGUUGCUGACUCCAUCGCAAAACGGUCUUCUCAGGAACACACUUGCGGUUAACGUCUCUGCGGCUCCUACAGGGUUGUUGGAGACUAAUGGCUCUGGUCUACGGAAUGAGACAGAGGAUGAUGAAGGGUUUGUUGACAUUGUUGAUUUUGAGAGCUUUGAAGAUGUGAAUGAUAGUGUCAUCGUCAAAGAAGUGGCUGGAAGCAAUGCAAGUGACAAUCUUUUUCCUUCAGAGAAAAUUGUGAUGCAAAAUGUGUCUUUGCAAAGUCAGAAGAACUCUGGAGGCUCCGCCAUAGCUGCUCCUGUUUUGGAAAAUAGUUCCUUGCUUGUUACUAAGAAAGUGAGUAAGAAGAAGAAGAAGAUGCGGUGUGAUCUUCCACCAAAAACUGUGACCCCAAUAGAUGAGAUGAAUCGGAUUUUAACAAGGCACCGUAGAUCCUCACGCGCAAUGCGACCGCGUUGGUCUUCUAGGAGAGAUGAGGAGAUGCUGGCUGCAAGAAAGGAGAUAGAGAAUGCUCCUCUUGUAACAAUUGAUCGAGAACUCUACCCUCCAAUAUUCCGUAAUGUUUCCAUGUUUAAGAGGAGUUACGAACUUAUGGAACGGCUACUCAAAGUUUAUGUAUAUAAGGAAGGAAGCCGCCCCAUUUUCCACACUCCAAUACUGAAGGGAUUGUAUGCAUCAGAGGGAUGGUUCAUGAAGUUGAUGGAAGGAAACAAGCGUUACACUGUGAAGGACCCAAGAAGGGCUAACUUGUACUAUAUGCCAUUUAGUGCACGGAUGCUAGAAUACACGCUGUACGUGCGUAACUCUCACAACCGAACCAACUUACGCCAGUUUCUUAAGGAAUACACUGAGCACAUCAGUUCCAAGUACCCUUUCUUCAAUAGAACCGGUGGAGCUGAUCAUUUUCUUGUCGCCUGUCAUGAUUGGGCACCAUAUGAGACGAGGCACCACAUGGAGCAUUGCAUUAAAGCUCUAUGCAAUGCAGACGUAACCGCAGGCUUCAAGAUUGGAAGAGACAUCUCACUCCCUGAAACAUAUGUCCGAGCAGCCAAAAAUCCGCUUCGUGAUUUAGGUGGAAAACCUCCCUCUCAGAGGCGGAUCCUUGCUUUCUACGCCGGAAGCAUGCACGGUUACUUGCGCACCAUUCUACUACAGCACUGGAAAGACAAAGACCCGGACAUGAGAAUCUACGGUCGAAUGCCACUCGGGGUGGCGAGCAAGAUGAACUACAUAGAGCAGAUGAAAAGCAGCAAGUACUGCCUUUGUCCUAAAGGGUACGAGGUGAACAGCCCGAGGGUGGUUGAGUCUAUUUUCUACGAGUGUGUCCCUGUGAUUAUAUCAGACAACUUUGUGCCGCCUUUCUUUGAGGUUCUUGAUUGGAGUGCCUUCUCGGUCAUUGUUGCGGAGAAAGACAUCCCGAGGUUGAAAGAAAUUUUGAUGUCUAUACCGGAAGAGAAGUACGUAAAGAUGCAAAUGGCGGUGAGGAAGGCGCAAAGGCAUUUUCUGUGGCAUGCAAAACCGGAGAGAUAUGAUCUGUUUCAUAUGGUGUUGCAUUCUAUUUGGUAUAACAGAGUGUUCCAAGUAAAACGUAGAUGAUAUGCGUAUACGGUGAUGUGUUAGUGUUCUUAUGUACUUGUCUAAGUCUCUUGUGUGAGUAGGAAUAGCUACAAUGCUGACUCUCUACCUUUGUAAAUAUGGAUUGUAUUACAAGAUGUAUGUUUCUAUGCUAAUAAAAUGGUUAUAAUGUGUA